UAGGUCAUAUGAUGACAACUUUACCGUUGCUAGAAGUCAGAUGAAUAUGGAUUAUUUUUGGAUAUUAUUGUGGGGAUGAUAGUGAAGGGAAAUUGUGAAACACAGAAGAGGGUUAUGUGAUAGAGAGCCACACAUUCGCCCACCCCUAAUCGGAUGUGGUUUAUAAUAUUCACCUCCAAAAACUGAUCCUCAAUUUGUGCUUCUCUAUUCAUCCACCCCAUACAAUUAUUUGUCUUUUUCUUAUUUCCUAUUUAAUUGAUUUCUUGCCCCAUUUUUCUCAGUAUUAUUAUUGGUUCCUUCUCUACUAUUUUAGUAGCAAGUUGUUCACUGGUUUUCACUUAGCACAAAGUGUUCUCAACAGCUUGGGAGUGUCCAAGCAUCAGGAAUUUUGGAGGGGGAGUGCAAAAUAACUGCUAAAGAUGGAGGAAAUAACCAAUGUUAUGGAGUAUGAGGAGAUUGCCAAGAAAAAGUUGCCAAAGAUGGUUUAUGACUACUAUGCCUCGGGCUCUGAGGACCAGUGGUCUCUGGCUGAGAACAGAAACGCCUUCUCAAGAAUUCUGUUUAGGCCCCGUAUUCUCAUUGAUGUGAGCAAAAUUGAUAUGGCCACCACAGUGCUAGGAUUCAAGAUUUCAAUGCCUAUCAUGAUUGCACCAACAGCCAUGCAGAAAAUGGCACACCCUGAAGGAGAGUAUGCUACAGCAAGAGCAGCAUCAGCAGCAGGGACAAUCAUGACAUUGUCAUCUUGGGCCACUUCCAGCGUUGAGGAGGUUGCUUCAACAGGACCUGGGAUCCGUUUCUUCCAGCUUUAUGUCUACAAGGACAGGAAUGUUGUUGCUCAACUUGUGAGGAGAGCUGAAAGGGCAGGUUUCAAGGCUAUAGCCCUCACAGUUGAUACCCCAAGGCUCGGACGUAGAGAAGCUGAUAUUAAGAACAGAUUCGUGUUGCCACCAUUUUUGACAUUGAAGAACUUUGAAGGAUUGGACCUUGGCAAGAUGGACCAAGCUAAUGACUCUGGAUUAGCUUCGUAUGUUGCUGGUCAAAUUGAUCGCACUUUGAGUUGGAAGGAUGUUCAGUGGCUCCAGACUAUCACUUCAAUGCCAAUCCUGGUAAAGGGUGUACUUACGGCUGAGGAUGCUAGGCUUGCAGUUCAGGCUGGAGCAGCUGGUAUCAUUGUGUCAAACCAUGGCGCUCGCCAACUCGAUUAUGUCCCUGCAACAAUCUCGGCUCUUGAAGAGGUUGUGAAAGGUGCACAAGGCAGGGUCCCUGUAUUCUUGGAUGGAGGUGUCCGCCGUGGAACAGAUGUCUUCAAAGCUUUGGCACUUGGAGCUUCAGGCAUUUUUAUUGGAAGGCCAGUAGUUUUCUCAUUGGCUGCUGAAGGAGAAGCUGGAGUCAGAAAAGUGCUGCAAAUGUUGCGUGAUGAGUUUGAGCUAACUAUGGCAUUGAGUGGCUGUCGCUCACUGAAGGAGAUUACCCGAAACCACAUUGUCACUGAAUGGGACGCCCCACAUGCUGCUCUUCCAGCCCCAAGGUUGUGAAAAUGUACCUCAAGUUUCAUAUUAUUUCAUCAAAGCAAAGUAUUGCUUCACUAUCUCUGAAGCUUAUGUUUUGAUUUGAAUACUCGUAUCUGUUAAUGAGUUUUCGGUUGUGUUAAGCUUUUCAUGGUGAUGGAAAACUGAUAUAUUCUGAUAAAUGGCAAGUGAUGCCUCCAUUGUACAUCCUCUAUUUCUAUAUAUCAUCAUAUCGUGGAACUUCACGCAUAAA